AGAUGCGUCGUGAUUCCUGCCCACUGGACUGUAAGGUUUAUGUAGGGAAUCUUGGCGACGACGGCAACAAGACUGAGCUGGAACCGGCUUUCGCCUAUUAUGGGCCACUACGAAGUGCGUGGGUUGCUAGGAACACUCCUGCCUCUGGUUUUGUUGAAUUUGAGGAUCCCGGAGAUGCAGUUGAUGCUGUCCGCAAACUAGAUAGAAGAACAUUGUGCGGCUGCCAGUCCAAGUGGAGCUGUCCAGGGAGAAAAAAAAAGAGUCGAAAUCGUGGCCCUCCUCCUCCUUGGCGUCGUCGCCCACGAGGUGAUUAUCGCAGGAGGAGUCCUCCCGCUUACCGCAGAUCUCCACGAAGGAGAAGGUUUUCUCGUAGCCGAAGCAGGUCUCUUUCUAGAGAUAGGAGGACAGAGAGAUCCCUGUCUAGGGAGAGAAAUCACAAGCCGACCCAGUCCUUCUUUAGGUCUCAAAGCCGAUGUGGGCCAAACGAAAGGAAAUGGACCAGUUUGCAAGAGAAGCGAUGUACAAGUCUACGGGAGUAUGUACAGAAAAUUCAAGUUUUAUUUGAGAUUUCAUAA